AUGUCGCAAUCUUCUUCAGCCGUAGAGAAGCCAAGAGCUGAAGAUCUUCCUUGUGUGUUUAGUACAAUAGCUAGCAAAUAUAGUAAGCUCAGUCUAAGGCCCUGUGAAACGAAAGAAUCACAAACCUGGAGACAUGCUGAUACACCAACUACCACUAAUUGGCUUAAAUUAUAUGUGGAUUAUAUGCCUAAACUUAAUUUUUAUUUGUAUCUGCAUUCAAUUUGUGAAAAACAUUUUAAUCAAGUAAUUUCUACUAAUCAUUUUCAUCGCCACCUUUUAGAUAAUCCUGCUUUUAAAAAUAAGAGACUUCGAUUUAAUGCUAGCUCUGACAGUCCUACUUCUACUUAUAAUUCUAAUACCCGUGAAGAAAUUAAUGAAUUGUAUCUAGAAACUAGUCAUAUAAGAAACUAUGAGCAUACGAUUACAAUAUUGCAGCAACAGUUGCAAGAACAAGAAAAUAGGGAGCUUACUAUGAUCACAGAAUUUCAAAGAAACAUCGAAAACCAAGAGCAAGUAAUUUUAAAAUUGAGGAGACAGUUAGAAGAGCGUCAAGAAGUUAUAGUUAAUUUGAAAGGUUUGUUAAGUGAUGAAGUUGAUAGAAAUGAAGAACUGGUCAAGCAUUGGGAUUCUCGGUACUCUAAUCAAGAUAAGCGCAUACAAGUGGUCACUGAUAUUGCACUAAUUGAACGAAAUUUUUUAUAUGAGAAUCGAAAGAAGGAAUUUGUACUAGUAUUUACCAUAAGAGAAGUCCAAAUUGGGCCAAAACAACGUGGAUUUUUAGUCUUGAAAGGUAUCGUGUUAAAAAUGUUCCAGAUUCAUGAUCUAAAAAGGAAAACUGGAACAAGGUUCUGA